UCUAGGUUAAAGAAAGAUAUUAGGGUUAAGAGCCAAAAGAAUCAAACUGUGAGAGGCAGAGUUGAAAACAGUCAUGGAAAUGGUCAAGAGGUCUAAGAAACAAGACGAAAUGAAUGUAAACGAUCCGUUUAUGACGCUUCAAAAUGACAUGAACGUAGAGAUUCUCAUGAAACUGCCGCCGGGAUCCAUAGCCAGGCUCCAUUUCGCUUCUAAACACUUGUCAUCGAUAAUCCUCGGCAAAGAGUUCACCGAGUUGUACAAGACUCGAUCUUCGACUCAGCCGCGUCAUCUUGUCUCAGUGCACGGUGGCCACCCGUACGUGUGGAUGCACCGCUUUCACUCCAUCUCUCAAGAGUAUCCGUCUUCUAAUCAUGACAAGGUUAGUUGUAGUGUGGAUCCGUAUGGACCGUGUCUAGCGACGUAUGACUUUACUCCACCUGUUCGCGGCUUGAUCUUUGGUCGGCACUGUAGCAAUAUGGUGGUCGGGAACCCUGGCACGGGUCAGUUCGUAUUUUUACCUAGAGUCGAAACGACGCAUCAAUGCAUAUUAUGUGUUUUUGGAUAUGAUCCAGUUAAUGAUGUGUACAAAGUGUUGUGCAUGACGGUGGUAACUAAACACACACCUUGUGUUGCUAUGUCGGAGGUGCAUCAAGUGAUCACUGUAGGAGCCAAAGAAAAAUGGAGGAGGGUCGAGUGUAAGUAUCCAUAUCAUCAUUAUCCUGGAUAUCAAGAGAUAUGCAGGGAUGGAGUUAUAUAUUAUUUAGCUUCUUACAAAGGAAAAAAAUCUCUAAUGAGGUUUGAUCUGAGUUCUGAAGACUUUAAUGUUACUAAGCUACCCGAGGAUCAGAAGCUUCAACGGUUUGGUGAGAUGGUGAAUCACACUGGAAAGAUAACCGUAGCGACGACUCUACUAGGAUGUAUUGAUCCAGUUGACCUAUGGGUUCUGGAAGAUGUCAACAAAGAAGUAUGGUCAAAAACUGUUGUCGUGGUGCCUUCUCUUCCAGAAAGAUUUGGAAUGUCUUAUGAGUUCGUGUUCAAGGGUAUACUUGGAACUGGGGAGAUGAUAUUCGCACCGAGGACAACCCCAUCCCCAUCCCCUAACCCGUUUUUUUUUGUUUGUUACAAUCCGGAGGGGGGAAAAUUCAGAAAAAUUGAGAUUGAUGAACUUGUAGAUUACCCUGUGUUUAUCCAAGUCUUUGUCGAUCAUGUAGAGAGUUAUAUGGUUCUGUCAAGGGUAUGUUAAUGUUCCUUAUUACUGUUAUUGUGACAUCUGAUAAAACAGUUUAUUCAGUCUUUUCAUCAAUGACGUUGUGUGAUUGUGGAUUGUAUAUGCAAGUAUGAGUUGUUUCAA